GAGACAUGGUCGAAGACAGUGGCUGGGGGCGGAUUAGCGGUGAGGUUGAAGUUGAAACUGUUUCAUGCCCACAGCCAGUCUUGGAGGUGGAGGUUUGGCGUCUGCUCUUCUUGUAUGAUUUUAACAUUGUAUGACUGGUAUCUGCAAAAGGCCCUCCGAUUAGGUAUGGCAUGUUUAAUUUGUUCCACUGCUUCGAGCAAAUCCGUCGUCAUGAGCUGAAGAUUCAUAAUGCAAGCGUGAUUGCUCGAUUUUACGUGGUUGCGAUUGAGCGAUUGACACUGGAGCCUGGAGGUAUGCUUCCCGGUGGUACUCCGUAUGAUAUGUCAAGUUCAAGGGCUCAUGUGAGGUUUACGGAGUACUCCGUACAGAAAGUGGAUUUAUUUCCAGCUCAGAAUGUAGCAGUCGUAGGAGAUGUCAUUUUUUCCGAUGACGAGAUCGACAAUAUGGAUUCCAACAUCGGAAUCUUAGGUGAUCCUACCGAUACUCCGCAGAGUACUAAUAAUCCCAAGUUAUGGGCUGGGAGGGCCGAGAAGUUCCUCCCUUGCGUAAGGCGGUGCGUUUUUUUUUUUUUUUGCACUCCUUCUUCCCCCCACACCCCAAGGAACUUAUUCCAAGGAACUAUGAACGAAACGAACCCCGCAACCGAAAAAAAAGAAGAAAAGAAUAGGAACCAGAACUGGUCGGUCGGAUUUACAGGACCGGAAUUUACGAAUUUCUAGACUAGGUGCGACAGAGUUAUUUACGAUCAUCCAUCGAGACGUGACGAGACGGACCAGAUAGGGUAGAUAGGUAGAUAGGGCCUGGGCAAGGCGAGCUGGAGGAGUGAAACGCGCCCUGUAAAUGGGUUUCAUGCCUUUUUUCGGUUGUUUUUUUUUUUUCUCUUAUGUGUGUUGAUUCGGGCUGAAAGGAAAGUCUUAUGUGGAUUGUGGAUGAGAGAAGCGUAAGGUAGUCUUAUGGCGGUAGUGGUUAAUUCGUAAGGGCCAAAAAAUAAAUAAUAAUAAACAAAUAAAUAAAUCGAACCCGG